CUUCAACACCAGCCACACGAACACAGCCAGCUUCUACACUGCCAUAUCUUCUUCAAGCUUGAGUUCCACAUUCAUCAACAUGGCAAUCAAACCCUUCGACUCUUCUAAGCUACAAGUGUUCGGUAACGCGGCUGCCGGCCACGAUGGCGUCCUCAGCGACGAAUCUGGCGCCAUAGUGGUCAAGCCAUGCACAGCUGCUGAGAUCUCCUUCUACGAGACUGUAGCCAGCUCACACCCCGACCUCCUCCCCCACCUACCCAUCUUCAUGGGCCAACUAUCCCUCGACUCUGCAUCUGAUGUUUCCGAAGACACAGGUACCAUCCAGACUUCUGACGGCACCACCGAGCGACUCCAUGGCAAAAAGCUCGCUACCGACCUACACAUCGUUCUCGAGAACAUCACACACGGGUUCAAGAAGCCCAACAUCCUAGACCUGAAACUUGGCGCACAGCUAUGGGACGACAACGCAAAGCCCGAGAAGCGCGCACGACUCGACAAAGUGAGCGCUGAGACGACAAGUGGAAGUUUAGGCUUCAGGAUAGCAGGUAUGCGGACCUGGCUUGGUGCGUCUCCGCCCGAAGUGCCUGAAGAGCUGAGAGAGUACGUCGAGCUGGAUAAGGAGGGGGGUUACUGGGCGUACAAUAAGAUGUAUGGGCGAAAGUUUAGUGCUGAGGAUAUUGACGAGGGUUUCAACGCCUUCUUCCCUCAGAAGUCGGAGGCUGAGAAGGCUAGGGCCAGGGAGGUGCUUGCGUACUUCCUUGGCGAAGUCAAGGAUAUUCAGGAAGUGUUUGAGGCCAAGGAGAGCAGGAUGUACAGUGCGAGUAUCUUGCUCGUGUAUGAAGGUGAUGUGGACGAGUAUGAGAACACAAAGAAGGUGCUCAGAUCGGCACGGCCCGAGACAGAAGAUGAGGAGGACGAAGACGAGACUGUGCCAAAGCUGGCAGCGGCCAAGCUGAUCGACUUCGCACACGCAACGUUCGUAGCUGGUAAAGGGCCCGAUGAGAAUGCACUGAAGGGCAUGAGGAGCACAGCGACUAUCUUGAAGCGGCUAUUGGAUAAGGCCGAGAAGGACGCCUAAUCCUUCGAUGUAACUUUGCUGCGGAUUAGCGUAUAGAUCAAUCAACAGUAUAUGCGC